AAUUUUAGCCAGGAAAGGAUGGAUGGUAUCAAUGACUCAUUCUCAUCCUCAGCCAAGGGUCCCCACCAGAAAUCCAUUGAUGAGAGAGGUAGCCAAUGGGAAGGCGCAGAUUAGGAUGAACUUUAUAGGUUGAGCCAAUGGGAGAAGAGAUAAGGCCUUGUUGUGGGUCCAAAAGCGAAAUUCUCCUCUGCUGGAAACUCCCAAAAGUGCAUCGAAGGCAAGGGCUGGACUGUUAAAUAGCCUGUAAAAGCGCGGUGUGUGGGUCACACCGACUCUCCAUGUACCCAAUAAUUGUACCAUUUUGUAGGUCUCUAAACCGAGAAAGUUCACUCCCAACGUUUCCUAUUAAGAUUUAGUUUGAUCUUCUUGUGUUUGUGUUGUUGAGGUUCCAGGUUUGAUUUUGGAUCAGCUUUUUGUCUGAUGAUUUCUGAAAAAAAUGUGGCGAACGCCGUCGGUGGCAAGACGGCCAGGGCCUGUGAUAGCUGCAUACGGAAGCGUGCUCGAUUUUACUGUGCUGCCGAUGAUGCCUUCUUGUGCCAGGCGUGCGACAUGUCGGUGCACUCGGCCAACCCUCUGGCUCGUAGGCAUGAAAGGGUUCGCCUUAAAACAGCCUCUCUCAAACUCCCGGGGGCGGAUUCACUGGAGAACUCUAUGCCCUCAUGGCACCAGGGUUUCACUCGAAAGGCUCGGACACCGAGACAUGGAAAGCCUGCAGCACAUCCAGCUUUUAAAUCAGAUGAACUCACGCGAAACCCCCUUCCGUUCGUACCGGAGAUCGGAGCCGAUGAAACGUCGUACGAUGACAACGAAGAGCAGCUUCUUUAUAGGGUUCCGAUAUUUGAUCCAUUUGUUGCGGAGCUCUGCGCGUCAACAAAUUCGAAUGAAGCUGUAACAACAGUUGCUAACGAUACAGAAACUGCAGAUGUCACUGGAAGCGAAACGAAAGCCUUGGUAGCUGGCCGUGGUCAUGAUGUGGAUUCUUUACAUGGAUUUCUUCCAUCAGACAUGGAUCUUGCAGAAUUUGCAGCUGAUGUAGAAAGUUUAUUGGGUAAGGGCCUUGACAAUGAAUCUUUUGGCAUGGAAGGUUUGGGGCUAAUAGAUUGUAAAGAGAAGGAGUCGGUGGAGUAUUCUUUACACAGUGGAAGAGUGAAGCUUGAAGAGGAAGAAGACAUAGGAGGUGUAAUGGCCUGCCAAGCCGAUGCAGAGAUCGACAUGACAAGAGAGCCCUUUGAGUUGAACUUCGACUACGGGUCUCCAGCAACAUGCGAAGAGGAAGAGGAGAAAGUGGCAGUGGGAGCAAUGGACAUGAAUAAUAAAGUAGAUGAUCCAAAGAAGAAAAAUAAGAUAUUAUUGAGGCUUGAUUAUGAGGCAAUCAUUACAGCCUGGGCCAGCCAAGGGUCUCCAUGGACCAACGGCCAUCGCCCAGAACUCGACCCCGAUGACUGCUGGCCUGACUGCUUGGGCACUUGUGGAAUACAAGUCCAUCAUCCAUAUGGAGAGUUUGGUGGAAUGGGAGAACAACAGGCAGCAAUGGGAGAUGGAGGUAGAGAGGCAAGAGUGUCCAGAUACAGAGAAAAACGGCGAACAAGGCUCUUCUCCAAGAAAAUAAGAUAUGAGGUUCGGAAACUGAACGCAGAGAAGAGACCCAGAAUGAAGGGUAGGUUCGUGAAGAGGGCGUCCUUUGGAGGACCCGCAGCUUUUCCUUUGCUCAACAAAUAACUGUCAACCGCCUAGUUUGCUUUGUUUAUUUACCAGUAAACUUGGGUGUGUUAGUUAGGCCUUCAACGGCACCGUCUUCAAUCCAACAGUUGAUGAGUAUAAGCUGAAAAGCUUUUGUCACAUAUUGUUAAAUUAUAUAUAUAUUCCCCAUAAUCAAACCUUAGCUUAAAGGCUUUGUUUAAGGAA